AUGUGCUGCCCGUUGCCGCCUGUUGCUGCCCGUGCCUGUGCUGCCCGUUGCCGCCCGUUGCUGCCUGUGCCUGUUCUGCCCGUUGCCGCCUGUUGCUGCCUGAGCCUGUGCUGCCCGUUGCCGCCCGUUGCUGCUUGUGCCUAUGCUGCCUGUUGCCGCCUGUUGCUGCCCGUGCCUGUGGCGCCCGUUGCUGCCCGUGCCUGUGCUGCCCGUUGCCGCCCGUUGCUGCCUGUGCCUCUGCUGCCUGUUGCUGCCCGUUGCUGCCCGUGCCUGUGCUGCCCGUUGCCGCCCGUUGCUGCCUGUGCCUGUGCUGCCUGUUGCCGCCUGUUGCUGCCCGUGCCUGUGCUGCCCGUUGCCGCCCGUUGCUGCCCGUGCCUGUGCUGCCCGUUGCCGCCCGUUGCUGCCCAUGCCUGUGCUGCCCGUUGCCACCCGUUGCUGCCCGUGCCUGUGCUGCCCGUUGCUGCCCGUGCCUGUGCUGCCCGUUGCCGCCCGUUGCUGCCCGUGCCUGUGCUGCCCGUUGCCGCCCGUUGCUGCCCGUGCCUGUGCUGCCCGUUGCCGCCCGCUGCUGCCCUCUAUGCCUUUCUCAACACUUAG